CGAAUGGCGUCACGUGACCGGCAUUUCAGUCUGUGUAGCGCGGGGUUCAGGCAGGGGAGGAGAGAAAGAGGUACGCACGUGGUCACUUCCAGCACAUUUUUGGUCAAUUAUCGCGCGUGUACCGCAUCAAAUCUUCGCACACAACCUGGAUUAUUGAGCCAGAAAGAUGGGCGCUUACCUCUCGGAGCCUAAACUGGACAAAGACUCGGCGGACGGUGGCACGGCUAGACUCAGCUAUGGCGUGUCUGCCAUGCAAGGUUGGAGAAUUUCAAUGGAGGAUGCCCACAACUGCAUUCCUGAGUUUGAUGAGAAGACGGCUCUCUUUGCUGUGUAUGAUGGACAUGGAGGUGCAGAAGUAGCGGAGUACUGUGCUAAGUACCUUCCCGAGCACCUGCAGCAGCUGCAACUGUACAAGGAGGGGAACCUGCGGGACGCGCUGCAGGAGGGAUUCCUGUCCUUCGACGAGAGACUCACGCAGGAGGAGGUCAUCAACGAGCUGAAGCAACUGGCAGGGCUCAGCGAGGACGAACAGAACGAACAAGAGACCACAGAUGACCCAGAAGACGAGGCUUCGCUCCUGAAACAGGAGGCUGACAUGUCCAUAGAGGAGAUCCUGGCCAGAUACGGGAAGGCCCAGAACAAGGCCAGCGCGGCGCUCCGCAAGAAGAACAAAUUCCAGUCCCCGCUCGUCAGGAAAACACAGUCCAAACUGGACCCGGGGAACUGUACGGAGAACGGGGAGGUGGCCGAGGGGAGUGAAGCCGCAGAGGGGAACUGUAGCAGCAAAGUGGAGAAGUCUUCUUCAGCGGCAGCGGCUGCGGCGUCUUCCAGACCGGAGGUGUCGGAAGCCAGCAGCACGAGUUUUACGAAAGCGGAAAAGUCGUCAUCAGAACCCAGAGACUCCUCAACAACAAGCGAGAACGAAGCCAAACCAAAAACGACGACAGCAGCAAACGGGGAGGGGGACAGUUGUUCGUCGAGUCACACAACUACAGCGGAAGACUCGGCGGUCGGAAGUUCGUGUGCCGGGUCUUCCUCUUCGGAAAUCGGCGCCGGGGACGCCGCCGCCGCGUGUUCUAAUAGCGGGCCGUGCUCGUCUUCUUCCGUAGCCAAGGGUCAGGGGUUGUCAUCGGAGGGUGAAGGGUCGUCGUCGGGUCAGGGGUCGUCAUCAGGUCAGGAGGCGACAGAAGACAACGGGUGUUCGUCUGUAAGCAGCAGUACAGGGGGCAAAGGGAAGGGCAAAGGUAAGAAGUCCUCCCCAGCAGGAGAAGCAGGAGGUAGUGGGUCUGACUUGGCCCCUGGAGGCAGCCGGGCGCCGCCUGACAGCAGUGAGGAGGAGGAAUCAGAGGAGGACAGUGAUGAAGACAUGUUUGAUGAAGACGACUCUGAGGAAGACUCGGAUGACCUGGAUGAUGAUGAAGAUGAAGAUGGGGAGGAGGAGGAAGAGGAGGAGGAUGGUGAUGAAGGACCAAUCAUUUUCUCUGACAAGGAACAGCCUGGUUCCGACAGUGGGACCACAGCUGUAGUAGCCCUCUUAAGCCAGGAGAAACUGUACGUGGGUAACGCGGGGGAUUCGCGCUGCGUUCUGUGCCGAGCGGGCCGUGCCAUCGAUAUGUCGAUCGACCACAAACCCGAGGACGAUGAGGAGAGGGACAGGAUACUGAAGGCCGGUGGGAAGGUCACGCAGGACGGCAGGGUCAACGGCGGGCUCAACCUAUCCAGAGCAAUCGGUGACCACUGUUACAAGAGGAAUGAGGACCUUCCCCUGAAGGACCAGAUGAUCACCUCCCUGCCAGACGUCCGCACGAUAGACAUGCAGCAGGACGAUGAGUUCAUGGUACUGGCCUGCGACGGCAUCUGGAAUGUCCUGACCAGUCAGCAGGUGGUGGACUUCGUCAGGAACAGACUAGCCGAGGAGACACCUGACGGGGGCAAGAGGACGCUGUCUUCUAUCUGUGAAGAGUUGUUUGACUUGUGUUUAGCGCCGGACACGACGGGCGACGGCACGGGGUGCGACAACAUGACCUGCAUCAUCGUCAAACUCCAUGGCAACAGCCAAUCAGCAACAGCCAAGCGGCCGCUCGAAAACGUCGAAGAAGCAAGUCAAGCGAAGAAACCUCGACCAGAUGAGCCAGACACGUCGAGUGGCUAGAAAUUCUUUCCUCCUUCUUCUUUUUCUUCUUUUUUUAAGCCCUUGUAUAAUGCAGCGAUGUUGUAGGUUCUUCCCAGUGGCUGCAGAUGGUAUUAGUUUGACGUAUGGAGUAGUUUGGAGCCAGCUUAGAUUUUGUAAAAAUUCCCCGAUUGGUCUGAAGGAAUCUUAAUAUGAAUGUGCUGAAAAAUCCUCCUCCCCACCAUCCAUACAUGUAGUUACCUGGGCAGGCACAUCUGAGAUGUAGUGGAUGCAAGUUUUUCUGGUAAUGUCCAUAGCUGUACUGUUCUAGCCUGGAUGACAGCCUUUUUAGUGAGAGAACAUUGUCUCUCGGCCGCUUCCCUGCCAUAAAGACUGAACUUGCACAUAUUCUAUAUAAAUCCAGGCCUUUCUUGAAAGUUCAUCUGUAUUUGGUAGAAAUCAUUAUGAAGCAAGUUUAAACUGUAAUUUCCAACA